CGCGGUCGUUGCUCACGUUCUACCCUCCCCCAUUCUCUACCAAUAUAACCUAAUCUACCUUCUUAUGUCGGAUCUAACAGAACCGCGCAGCAAGUUUGAGCCUCACGUUUCAUUCGACAACUUCGCUGGCGGGGAGCCGACGGAGAGCAAUACGAUAUCGCUCACGUUGAACGAGAAACAUCGAGGCUAUCAGCACAACAGGCGAUCGCGUACGUUUAUGGUAGGUGUCGAUGAAAAUGCCUACUCUAAUUACGCGCUGCAAUGGAUGCUAGAUGAAAUGGUGGACGACGGCGAUGAGAUUAUCUGUCUGCAUGUUGUCGAGAAAGACUCGAAGAUUAGUAACGACAAGAGCGUUACACAGAAGAGUUACCAGAAGGAGGCCAGGAGGCUUAUGAAGGAAAUACAAGACAAGAACGCCGAACAGAGGUCUAUAAGCAUCGUGCUUGAGUUUGCUGUUGGGAAGCUACAGCAGACAUUCCAGAAAAUGAUCCAGCUUUAUGAACCAGCUAUGCUCAUUGUCGGUACAAGAGGUCGCAGUCUAGGGGGCGUCCAAGGCCUGAUCAACAAUCGCAACUCCUUCUCCAAGUGGUGCCUACAAUACUCUCCCGUGCCUGUCGUAGUCGUACGACCGAACGAUAAACGAGACAAAAAGAAGAAGAAACGAGUGAACGACCCCACACGACACAACUACGCGCACAUGUUGGAAGGGAGCAGUUUAGGGAUGCAUGAGGCGAAUCUGCUCCCUAGCAGGUCAGAUAUUCCGGUCGAAAUUCUCCCAACUAGAACGCCAGACGACGAAGCACACGAGGUCGCUGCUGCGCUUGGUCUUCCUGCGAGAUUUGACCCCACAAUCCGGUUGCUGGAUGUCAACAAGAGGCUGCAUGCGCAUGCGCAGCAGAAGCAAACGCAGACGCAGGCGCAAACCCAUAGCACGACGGCCUCACAGGAAAGCUUGUUUGAUAGCAGGCCAUCCACUCCGGGUGGGGGAGGGACUUUAAAGUCUAGUGUUGCAGAUAGCCGUGGGGCUAGUGAUGAUGAAUCGGGAGAUGACGACGACGAAUUUGAGGUUACGCCUGGUGGCGCCUUGAUUGGGGAUGUUCCGGAGGCUCUGGAGAAGCAACAGAAGCUACAUGCGAUGGAGCAGGGCGAGGCGGCGGCAUUGGCUGCGGGGCGGAAACGAUCUCUUGAAUCGGUUGAUAGUAGUAUCUCCAACUCGGGAAAUGAUCAAGGAUAGAUGCAUGGUACUUUUAAUUAAUGAAUAUACUUUACUUACGCG